AUGUCAAAGCAGAAGAUAAAACACUUUGAGCGAUGCCAAGAAUACAACAGCGUUGUGAAGCGUGGAAUCGAAAUUGGAGUUAAGAGACGACAACGCCCCCAAGUUUUUGGUCUUAGCUCACUCCCAAUUCCCCGGUACCCGUACCCCGGAGUGGGUUUCGCCCGUGUCGGACAGGUAUUCCAAAUCUCUGUCGAUCCCAGCAUUGGCACGGGCCCACCCGUUUCGAGAUUCUGGUACGACACAUACAGUGGUCCAUUACCCGCUUCCAUGCUUCCAAACCAGCAAUAG